AUGGCGCAGAAGGCAAAGAAAGACCGGGCCAAGGCGAAUACCGCCUCCCUCAACAGUCUGCAUAUUGUUGCACUUGCUGUGAACGUCGCCUUCCUAGCGUUCUACCUGUUCUUCCGAUCCCGCUCGCUGGCUCUCUACCUCGUGUUGUCCACUCCCAGUUUCAUCUCCGAGUUAAUGCUGGAGCGCACCGGACGGCCGACUUUUGACCCCACCACCGGCUCGCUUCGGUCGUCUGGCGAAGACCUGAGUGCCGCCGGUCUGACGGAGUACAUGUUCGACGUCAUCUGGGUCACGUGGGGCACGGUGAUACUUGUGAUCCUCUUUGGCAACAAGUUGUGGCUGAUCUGGGCAAUCGUCCCGGCCUAUGGCGCCUACAAAGCCUAUGGUCUUUUGGGUAUGACCCGGCAGAUGGCCGGCCUGCAGGGGAUGGCCAACAACAACGCCCCAUCGCCCGCCAGUGCGGGCAGCAACAGAAAACAGCGACGGGCGGCUUAG